CUCAGAUCAGUGACACUGGACUUUACUACUGCAUACUGACCGCCGUCUGGACUGACAUGAUCUUUUUGAAAGGGAUAUUUCUUGAAGUUAAAGGAGCCCAGUCCUCCAUCUCUGGCGUGGUUCAAGCUCCUCCGUCUGAAGCGCUCCGUCCAGGAGAGUCGGUGUCUCUGCAGUGUUCGGUCCUCUCUGACUCUGAGAAGAAAACAUGUUCAGAAGAUUACAGAGUUCACUGGUUCAGAGCAGGAUCACAUCAAUCUCACCCCGCUUUCAUUUAUACUGAUGGAGGCAGAGCAGAGUGUGGAAACUCUUCACAGAAAUGUUUCUAUAGCUUCUCUAAGGAGGUCGGUGUCUCUGAUGCUGCUACUUAUUACUGUGCUGUGGCUGCAUGUGGAGAGGUCAUGUUUGGAAAUGGAGCUAGACUGGACAUUAAAGAUUCCAACACAGAAAUAGCUCUUUGUAUCGUCUGUGUUGUUUUGGCUGCAAGUGUGACGGUUUCAGUUGUUCUCAUCUGGACCAUCAAGAAGAAGAAUUGCAACAACAAUGGUGAAGCAGACAGCAGUGAUCAGCAGAGAGAUGAAACUUCUUCAGCCUUUUCUGCACCAACCUUCAGCAGGAGAAACGUUACCAUCUCAGGGAUUUAUUCUGUUGCUGUUUUCACGGUGAUGAAGACCAGCAUUGGUGGAAGAGGAGACGCAAACACGUCUGAGAGAGAGAGGAUCUGUGCUGCUGUCCAGGCUCUUGGUUUGAAUUAGAAAGUAAACAUCUGGCAUUGCUUGGUUGAGUCUUUAUAAAGUUGUAUUUUUGUCAGUUUUCUCAACUUUACAUCUUGCUCCAUCAUUUGAAACCAUUUCGGGCACAAGGUCUGAUCCUGAUCUCAGCUGAAGGAAUAAAUGGAUAAAUCAAUCCAUCAAUCAACCUGUAAUGAUCGGGCACUGAGUGAACGCAGGUCUCAACCUACAAACUACAGCCCAGACUGGAGGGAUUUGUUUCACUGAGAAAAGAGUCCUGACCACUGAACAGUAAUUUGAUUUAAAGUUUUUUUUCUUAAUCUCACAGUGAUUGAAAACAAUUUUUAAAAAGUAAAAGAGAAAUAUCAAAAACAUUACAACAAAGCAGCACAAAGUAUCAUCCCUCCUCCCAAAACCUACAAGGUUUGAUGUUCUUUGAUGUUCUGUUCUUUUUGAUUGACUCCAGUAUACCUUUUGUCAUCCAUACAUUCUGCUCAUUUUUAUGGCUUCUCACUGUCUUUUCCGGUAUUGACAUGUUAAUACUGUCGGAUAUCUCACUGAUAAAUGCAUUAUAGGCUUCCUCUGGUGAUUUCUGAUUAUAUACAGAAUCCCAUGACCUGUGCCUAAGAUUUUCAGAUAAUUUAUUUAGUUACCUCCGCCAGGAGGUUAUGUAAUCAAGUCAGUUGGUUGGUUUGUUAGCAAGAUUCCGGAAAAAGUAAUG